CAGUCAGCUCCUCCUGUCAUCGUACCGUUAUUGUCAUUCUGUCAAAUACGCUCUGCGAAGUGGUUUGUGGUUCCUACGUGCGUCGCGAGCUCAACUGUCUUCUCCGAUCGAUGAUAAUGUUUUUGUUGUUAUUAUAGACAAUAAAAACAUCGUUCAGAGCGAUCCGUUAUCAGCAAGGUUAAAGCUAUAGACUAUUGCAACUGCGUGAAAUAAUUGGGCAAUAAGACCGCUCACUGCGAAUUGUUUGUUGAAAUUCGCAAAAUAGAACCUGUGUGUUGAUAAUCGAGAGAUGUGGAGAUUAGUGUUGUGUUAAUUUUUGUUAAGUGGACUGAUGUGUAACUCUUGUGCUUCUCGUGCUUUCUUUAGGUUCUUUUUUGUUUUGUGAUAACAUCACCCCAGAUAUGGGUUCCACGGGGCUGACUUUGGCAGAUUUGCCCAAUAUAUUUAUUAUGAUAGGCGCUCUCGUUGCGCUUUUUGUGAUGCUAGUCAUACUUCUGAGGAACAUGGAAGUCAUAGGUAUAGUUGGCGAGGGGAGGGAGGACACGUGGCCAAGGACAAUGCAGCCCCCCAGACUGUUGAUGCAGCGAGUUCAUAUACCUUUCACCUUUAAAUUACUAGAAAAUGAACCAAUAGGAUACAGUGGAGUGAGAUGCUGCGUCUCAUCAACAGUGAGGUAUUGGCAUGCGAGCUGGUGGGGAGCGCCCGUCAGAGACUUGCAUCAGACGCUCUGGGGUACGCUUCCAGAGAUCCUCGCGUCAAGACAUUUGAAUUUUAGUAGAAGCAGUUCACACGAUGAGAAGGAAAUGAAACUGUCGUCAGAACCUUUGCAGUUGGGCCCUCCGCCUCGAACCUGCUACCCGCUAGUCGUAAUCCUGGCGCGCGAUCAGCGAGACACAGCGGAGCUUAGGCCGGAUGAUACGGUAGCACUAGUAACAGUCGUCCACAUCCGGGACGACCAGUGUCCGCUGCCCAGCGGGAUCAUAGCUCAGUAUUUAAAACAAGCCAACGGACAUUUGUCCUGUUUAAAGCAAUUAUACGUGUCGGGCGAGUCCGGCGAGGCGUGCGAGGGUGACGGCGAGGCGGGCGGCGGGUACGCGCGCGAGGCGCUGUGCUGCGUGUGCGCCGCCGCGCCGCUGUCGCGCGCCCUGCUGCCCUGUCGACACGCCUGCCUCUGCGCGCGCUGUUUGCCUAAAUUAGACAAGUGCCCAAUAUGCCGGAGCGUGAUCACAAGCUACUUCUGCAUCCGCAACGAGGAGGAACCCCUAUCGGAGCUCAAGCAGCCGUUCCCUCUAAACAGACGCCUCCUAAAUUUAUUCCACUAUCACUAGCUAUUAGUAAGUACGGUCAGCGUAAAAAUGAAUUCGUUACGAAACGUCUAACCUUCUAGAUUAGCAUUUAAAAUCGAUUAAUGUUCAAACAAUUGUCAUCAAUCAUUAUGAGUUAUAUUUUCAUUGCAUACUCCCAAUGGUUAUUGAAGAACAGUAUUCAACUUGACCUGACCUGUAGGGCGAUUCUAUAAGAACUCUCUGAAGUGAAAACCCGUGAAAUGUUGACAACCGACUUUAGUGAUAUACUAUUUUGAUGCGUGUAUUCUUGAAAUGUUAUGAUUAUUACGGUCAAUGUCGCAUAUUACUUUCUGACAUUUCACGAUCGUUUUCCACUUUGAGUUUCGAGUUUGUUAUUACAGGAUAGCCCAACUGAUGGCAAAAUAAAAACGAUUUCGAUAUAUAUUUAAAACAAUCGAUUAUUUGAAUUUUGCAAUCGAUUUAAACGAUUAACAUUUCGAAAUAGGUUGUGUUUGAAUGAUUCGUAAUGACAUAAUUAUUAUUUUUUAAAACAAAUGAUUUUGAAUUAUUAAAUUUUUAUUUGUUUUGUUUUGUAUGGAGUAAUACAAUGCGCAAAUAAAUGACCUUAAGUGAAUUGCAUUUAAAAUAGACUUGCGAUACUAUUUACUAAAUCACGAUAUAAUUAAGAAACAGGGCUAUAAUUGAUGUUACUAUUUUUAAAAUCUUGUUUGCAAGUUUGUGCAUAAUUUCAAUAUACCUUUAUCAAACGGUAUUGUUUUAAUAUGUAAUUGCGUGUUUUAUUACAAAUACUCUAACUGAAGCAAAACGUUUUUAUAUUCUGGCGACACUUUGUACCACGUCGCAAAAUAAGAUAAUUAGAAGAUUAGACGUUUCAUUAAAUUCACUAACUACACGAGAACUUAUGAUUAGUUGUAAUUAAUAUCUGAAAUAACGUAAUUAAAAUAAAUUGUUUGUAAAGAGAAAAAAAAUUGAAAAAACGGCACAAAGAUUUACGAUUCUGUGAUAGAAGACCUUUUUUCAGACUUGGACAUCAAUUCGCAAAUAUUAACAAAACGAUUGACACACAAAUAUUAUCAAUGAGACUAAAUCGUCACAGUCGUAGGGCGAAGACUGUUUUGAAAACUAUUAAAGUAUUAUUCACGUAAACAUAAAAUUAUACACUUACUGCCGCGUAUAUAUUACUCACAUUUAACUCAAUCCCAGCUAACCCAAAACUGUGUUCCGUCAAAUUUUUCACUCAGUUUUUGGUACUUAUUCAUUCCUGUAUUGAACCAAAAAUCACACACGGAAAGCAAAAGUACCGGUGACACUAUGGAGGUCAGUGCUUUUGAUUUCACAGAUUUCCGAACGUAGCAUUGUGAGUAUUUAAAUGGAUGCACAUCGCCUUACGCCUAUGCCCACGAUUCCAAUUGAGGUCGACAGAAGUGCCUAUUGGUCUCUGCAAACAUAUUUUAAACUUCUCCUUUGUAGGAAUGCAAUGUAAAGUAAAACCGAUGUCAGACUAACAUUUAGCCGGUUUUCGGUGAACAUGACCCAACCUUUUUUGGGGGCAGGAUCCGCGCCUGCUCACGGCAUCGUGAUGUGUUUCCAAAAAUACACAAAUGGCAUUCAAUUUGGUGUAAGGCGUUCCUAAUUUUUCCUUUAUAAAUGUGAAAUAUAUAAUAAGGAACGUCUUAAGUGAUCGGUAAAUGUCUCUGUGUGUUUAUAUACGAAGAUUCACCACAUUGAAAGGUCAGUAAUUAUAAUAAGAAAAACACAUCGAAACUUAAAAGACGCUAUCCCUACUAGUAUCUACUGUAUUUAAGAGUUGCAGAUACGUCUUUGUACCACGAUUAUUACGAAAUAUUAAUUCGCUAGCAUUUGCCAUGAAAUUAAUAAUACGAUACAUGAUAAAAUUAAAUAUCUCCCGACCGUAGGAUUCUUCUUUAAGUGCCAUCUUAAGUGAGAUUAAACUCAUGUUGGGCCAAUUAAUACAACCCAGAGCAACCCCGGCAUUAUAACGUCAUAUUAUAAAAGACCAACUCUUCAGAUAUCAUUACGUCAUACAAUUAUAUAAUAAAAUCCCAUAAUCAAAAAUCAAAUCUUAAUUUCAUGUUACUUUUAUUUUUUAUUACUUUAAAACUUGGUAGCAUUUAUUUUUUUUUAACUAUACUGCCGAAAAACCUAAAA